ACCAAGUGGCACAGGACUCACUUGGAGCUAGCAUAAUAACUCCGGUACCUGCACAUCGUGCCUGCCUCUGAAGAAAACACUGCGGGACGCCAAGAUCGGAAGCUCAGGCGCGGAACUGUUUCAAGGGAUUUGGGGACUGGCUGUGUUUUCUUUGAAAUCUCACUUUUUAAAAAAAAUGUAAAUUCCUAAACCUGACUAUUGAGGAUACACUUGUCAUGUGAGUCUGCCUCCUGGGCUCAUGAAGGUAGCCUUGUUAGGUCUGGUCACGUUGCUGUGAUGCUUUCUUGUGUUCCGCCCCCCACCCUGUAACGGACGUGAAAGGCGCCACAUAAAGGCAAGUCGGGGUGGGUUGACAUGAGCCAACAGGGCGACACAUUCCUAUAGCGUCGGUGCCUGCUGGGUGUCACUCUGCGCCUUUCUAAGCGGUCAGAGCCGUGAUGUGGGGCGGCCAGGCAGCUUUUGGUGACGCGCUGUUCCCCUGUGUGCUAACUUCUGGGAUUUAAUAUGCACGGUUCAAUAAUUGGAGCGUCUUAACGCUGCAGGAGGGGCAAAAAAAAAGCCCCACCACACACACACACACACAAUCAGCGGCAGGCAAAGAAACGGUGCGAGUCUGGGGAAGCUGGCAAUGUGCGGUCGAGCCUGUCGGACCACAUUACUGCUGUCCCCCUGCCCGUGGAUCUGCGCAGCCUGACUGAGAGGGGCGAGACUUGUUGGAGGCAACAGCCAGGGAGGGAAUGGAAGGCAGCCAGGCAGCCUGAGCUUCCCUGGGAGAUUGUGCCAAGCGUGUGUCGGGAGUGGGCUUGAAGAUCCAACAUGUCUUCGAAGGAGAGGCAGAAAGGGAGGCUGACCAAGGACAGCGUGACGCUGCUGCCCUGUUUUUACUUCGUGGAGUUACCUAUACUGGCCUCGUCAAUUGUCAGCCUUUACUUCCUGGAGCUCACGGAUGUCUUCAAGCCAGUUCGUUCAGGCUUUAACUGCCAUGACAGGACACUCAGCAUGCCGUAUAUUGAACCAACUCAGGAAAUCAUCCCCUUCCUCAUGUUGCUUAGCUUGGCAUUUGCUGGACCUGCAGCCAUGAUUAUGAUAGGUGAAGGCAUUCUUUACUGCUGUCUCACUAAGAGAAAAAAUGGAAUAGGAUCAGAGGCCAACAUCAAUGCUGGUGGCUGUAACUUCAACUCAUUCCUCAGACGAGCUGUCAGAUUUAUUGGAGUUCAUGUGUUUGGCCUUUGUGCCACCGCUCUCAUCACUGACAUUAUUCAGCUGUCAACAGGGUACCAUGCCCCAUAUUUUCUUACAGUGUGUAAGCCCAAUUAUACGUCGUUAAAUACCUCUUGUGAAGAAAAUCCAUAUGUUGUGGAGGAUAUCUGCACAGGAUCCGAUCCUGCUCUCAUUAACGCUGGCAGAAAAUCCUUUCCAUCCCAGCAUGCUACACUUGCAGCCUUCGCAGCUGUGUAUGUUUCUAUGUAUUUCAAUGCAACCCUGACGGACUCCUCCAAACUCCUGAAGCCAUUGUUAGUCUUCACUUUUAUCAUUUGUGCUGUGAUCUCUGGUUUAACACGCAUCAUCCAGUACAAGAAUCAUCCGAUUGAUGUGUACUGUGGAUUUAUGAUUGGAGGAGGAAUUGCUAUCUAUUUGGUGGUCUAUAAAAUGCCAAGGCACUUUCUCAAAGGAGUGAAAUAG